AUGGUGAAGGCGGAUGUCCGAAGGGACUACUAUGCGGACCUGGGGCUGCAGCCUAGCGCGGAGACGGAAGAUAUCAAAAAACAAUUCAGGAAACUAGCCCUUAAGUUCCAUCCUGACAGGAACCCGGGUAAGGAACAGGACUUCAUUGCCAGAUUCCAGGCUAUUCAGGCAGCCAAUGAAAUUCUCAGUGAUCCUCAGCAGCGGCUCAAGUACGACACCGAUCGAUUGCGUGCUGGCUACGGCAAGGUAUAUGGGCCCCCGAAGACCAACACCACGCGCAGGCCGGUGCCGACUUACGCCAAUACACAACCACCCAAGCCACAGCCCCCGAAGCAGCCAUAUAGUUCUCGACCCCAAGCGACUUCCAAGGGGCCUUCAGCGGGUGCCAAGCGGUAUGAAGCCCAUGCACGCGCAGGGCCACAACAAUGGAAGCCGCCGCAGGACGAGGCACAGACCAGAGCUGAUGCCUUCCGGGCCUUCCACGGCAUGAGAGGCAAUGCAUCAGGCUGGCGAGGCUUCGAUCCCGAGACAGGACGCGCAACUGCCUCUCCAGGUUCCUCGGGAAGCGCGCCGAGGCAACAAAAUGCGCCUUUCGGUGCCCAGCGCCCCCAGUCUGCGUAUGAGUUCUUCAAAGACAGUGCGAGAUCCCAGAAACCUGCAAGCCCCAAUUCUCCUAAGAAGAGAAACGGGUUUGCGCCGGGGACUGCUGGGGGCGAUGAGCCCAUGGCUCGCAAUACUUCGGCAUAUAACAGUUCCCGAAGCGAGCGGCCGAGCAGCAUGUAUUUCGAUUCCGCGCCUCCGCCGACGGCGAAGAAACCUGCCGCUCCAGAACCGGCCCCUUCUUUCACCCAGCGAACUGGUAGUUCUUAUGCCACCGCUGGAGGUGAGAAGACUUUCUUCUCGAGCUCUGGACUCGGGCAUGCAUCAACAGUGCGCACACCCUCGGGAUCCUAUCGAACGUCAAACUCGCGCACCAACCCAUCUAGUCCUGUGAACGGCGAAUCCGAAAGACAUCGCAGCGCUAGUCCCAAGGCCAGACGGAACCGCAGUUACUCUGUAUCUUCGACGACUUCUAGCGAACUUAAUGAUGAUGACGAUGACGAGAUUCAUGAAGUGCGACGAUCGAACGCAUUCAAACCCAAGGCCGUACCCAAGAGCCGACUCCGACCUAAUCAGAAAUUCACCGACUUCUACCGACACGAAAACUCUAGCUCCGGACAUGGUGAGACCCUUCCCAGAUUCUUUGUUCAUCCCAUCAGCCCAUUCCAGCCAGGCCUAGGCAUCCGACCGGGCACACCCCGGCCAGGUCAAAGUCAGCCUUUCAUACCUCGAAAACCUUCCCGGCUGCACCGGGCCCCCAAUAUCGUGGACUCGACCGCUGACAUAUAUGUACACAAAGGACACAACUCAGACAGUGCGGCAUUCCCCAAGGGUUCGUAUCGACCAGAACAGGCACAGUCUGUACACCCAAAUUCCGCAUUCGAUACACAAAAUACGACAAAGCCACAGUCAACCACAUUUGAUGGAAACAGCUCCGGCCACAGCCUGCAUAAGAAGUUCUCUGCGGAUGACUGGAGGGAGCAUCUGGAAAACUUCGACUUCCUUGGUGCUAAUUCCACUGAUCCAAAGUCACCUAAUACGCAGAAUCGACCGCGUGCAUCAACUCGAACCGACUCCAAACCAAGUGGCGCGUCGACAGGAUCGCCUGGCUUGAAGUCAUUCAGCCCUGGACCUGGGCAUAAGUCUCAGCGGCCGCUGCCGUCGCAGCAGCAAGUACCUACCCCAUUUGCACAAGCAAAAUUCUCUGCGGAUCAGUGGUUUGAGAAGGUUAAGGAUAUUUCUUGGAAUGCCCAAGAGGCCGACAAGGCGCGAUCCUCCUCCAAUACCCCGCCGCGAAGCCCGAAGAAGCAGGCAAGAUCUGGCACGAAAGUUCGAAGUACACCGCAGGGACCUAGCGUCGCGUCGGAAGCCGAUGAAGCUAAAGAGACAAUCAAUGGCACCACGCCUCCUGAGCCUAGCCGGUCAGCACCUGCUGAUGUGGAGGCCAUGGACAUUGAUGAGCCUGCCAUGCCAGCAAGUGCCAUGUCCGCCAAACCCCCUGUCGGCGAUUCGAGGAGCUCGAGUUAUCCGGAUCUCGCUGCUCAUGCUACUCAAGUCCCUUCUCCUGCGACGAGGAAGGCCCAGCCAACCUCUCAGACAGAGAGCACACCUAAUACCGAAACCCGUACACCACUCUUCGACCUGGGGAAUCUCCGAAACACAGCUCCUUUCACCAACACAAACAGCGGUGGAAUCGAGAACCUAGAAGACGUGCACGCCAACCUCCCCUUCGACUCGAGAGCAAAACAAGCAACAACAACAAAGCGUGACAUUAAACCCCGCGCCCUGAACCUCCCAAACCCCCCAAAACGCCCCUGGGCCCCGCAACCAACCCCCGCCUUCGCAGGUUCCCAGCACCUCACGCUUCCCCGCGACAAAUGGAACUGGUACGUCUCAGCAAUGAGCACCUACAUGCACGACUGGAACAAAUUCAACCAACGCAUGCUCCUCCACUUUAACACACGCCAAGCAGCCAUCGAAACAGGCCUCUCGCCGAAAUGGAUCAGCGCCGUUGGCGACACAGCCCGACUCCAGAUCGACGGAGCCGAUGACGACGAGAAGAGCGAGACUCGCGAUGAACCCGAUGAAGGCGACGACCUUGUUCCUGGUAGUGGAAAGGGCGGGUUCAGUGCCUACCUGCGCGGUAUUGAGGAGGAUGUCCAGGUGCGGAAGCACUGGGAUGUAGCGUGUGAGUUACACCGCGAGUGUAUUUUGGAUCUUGGAAGGUUGAGGGAAUGGAUUCGGAACGGGGGCAAGGUUGUAUAA